CCUCGCGCAGGGCUGGAGGUGGCCCUGACGGACCUCCAGAGCUUCCGGAACAACAGGAAACACCACACGGAGGAGAUCAGCGUGGACCGCCUCGUGGUUCGCCGGGGCCAGGCCUUUGCGAUCGUCCUGUACUUCAGCACCCGGGGCUUCCAGCCGGGCCUGGACGACAUCGUCUUUGUGGCUGAGACCGGACCCCUGCCGGACCUGGCCAAAGGGACCCGGGCCGUGUUUAGCCUGAUGAACAAGGGCGGCCCCAGCCCCUGGAUCGCCUCCCUGGAGAGCAACAGCGCCACCUCCCUGGAAGUGAGCCUGUGCGCCCCACCCAUCGCGGCCGUGGGCCGGUACCUCCUGAAAAUUCGCAUCGACUCCUUCCAGGGCUCAGUCACAGCCUACCAGCUCGGGGAGUUCAUCCUGCUCUUCAAUCCCUGGUGUCCAGGGGAUGCUGUCUACAUGGACAGUGAGCCCCAGAGGCAGGAAUAUAUUGUGAAUGACUAUGGCUUCAUCUACCAAGGGAACAAGAACUGGAUCCGCCCAUGCCCCUGGAACUAUGGACAGUUUGAAGAGAAUAUCAUAGACAUCUGCCUGGAGCUACUGGAGAAGAGCCUGAACUUCCAAGUUGACCCAUCCACAGACUGCGCCCUGCGGGGAAGCCCUGUCUACAUCAGCAGAGUGGUGUGCGCCAUGAUCAACAGCAAUGAUGACAAUGGGGUUCUCAAUGGAAACUGGAGUGAGAAUUAUACAGAUGGUCUCAACCCUGCGGAGUGGACUGGCAGUGUGGCUAUCCUGAAGCAGUGGCAUGCCACAGGCUGCCAGCCCGUGCGCUACGGGCAGUGCUGGGUCUUCGCUGCUGUCAUGUGCACAGUGAUGAGGUGCCUGGGGAUCCCCACCCGUGUGAUCACCAACUUUGACUCCGGCCAUGACACAGACGGAAACCUGAUUAUAGAUGAGUAUUAUGACAGCACAGGCAGGAUUUUGGAGAAUAUGAAGAAGGACACAGUCUGGAAUUUCCAUGUGUGGAAUGAGUGCUGGAUGGCGCGGAAGGACCUCCCUCCUGGAUAUGGAGGCUGGCAGGUGCUGGAUGCCACACCUCAGGAGACCAGCAACGGCCUCUACUGCUGCGGCCCCGCCUCUGUGAGAGCCAUCAAAGAAGGAGAAGUGGACCUGAACUAUGACACACGCUUUGCAUUUUCCAUGGUGAAUGCUGACUGCAUGUCCUGGCUCGUCUCUGGGGGGAAGGAGGAAAAGCUUCACCAGGAUACUGCUACUGUUGGUAAUUUUAUCAGCACCAAGAGCAUCCAAAGUGAUGAGCGUGAUGACGUCACAGAGAACUACAAGUAUGAAGAAGGUUCCCUCCAAGAGAGACAGGUGUUUCUGAAGGCUCUGCAGAAGCUAAAGGCUGGACGGUCUGAAGGCCCCCACCGAGCAGACUUAAGACCCUUCAGGUCCAUGCCACCACAGCAAGACGGUCCUUGGAGCCUGGAUGCACCCUCCCGUCAGCCUAAUGAUAUUGUCCAAGUGUCUCUGAAGUUUGAGCUACUUGAUCUACCCAACAUGGGCCAGGACAUAAACUUUGUUCUGUUGGCUCACAACAUGUCACCCCAGUUCAAGGAACUCAAAGUGAACCUGAGUGCCCAGUCCCUGUUGCAUGAUGGCAGCCCACUGUCCCCAUUCUGGCAGGACAUAGCAUUCAUCACCCUGUAUCCUGAAGAAGAAAAGAUCUACCCCUGCAAAAUCCUCUAUUCUCAGUACAGCCAGUACCUGUCAUGGGACAAGUUAAUCCGCAUCAGCGCCCUGGGUGAAGAGAAGAGUAGUCCUGAGAAGAUCCUGGCCGUCAAGAUCAUCACCUUGACUUACCCAGGCAUCACAAUCAAUGUUCUAGGAGCAGCCAUUGUGAACCAGCCACUCACCAUUCAAGUCAUAUUUUCAAAUCCACUCUCAGAGCCGGUUGAAGACUGCGUGCUGACCUUAGAAGGAAGUGGCCUAUUUAAAAAGCAGCAAAGAAUCCUCAUUGGAGUCCUCAAGCCUCAGCACAAAGCCAGCAUCACUCUGAAGACUGUCCCUUUCAAGAGUGGCCCAAGGCAGAUCCAAGCUAAUCUGAGGAGCAACAAGUUUAAGGACAUCAAGGGCUACAGGAAUGUAUACGUGGACUUCGGGUUAUAAAUUCUAGGAUGAUGAACUGGAUGUGUGUACUUUAGAGGGGGAAAAAAAGAAAAAAAAGCAAAUCCAAAUCCAAACUGUGCUUUUCUCCAACACUAGAGGCUUUGCAAGACUUUGAGAUCAGCAGCCCAGGAGCUGCCAUCGCCCGCUAGUUGCCUGGGCUGUUUGUACAGCGUUCCAGGACUCUGUUCGGCACCCAGGGAUUCCAUCAUGUCCCAUAUGAAAGUGUGAGUUGGCAACGAAGUCAAAGGACUGGUUGGACUUGACCACGAUCUCCUGUCCCGGCUUAGCAGCUCACUGUUGCUUUGUUGUUCAGUGACUUCCCUAGUAUCAAUAAACUUCAGUCCCUGCUCCCA